GGAUCUUUUGGAGGAUUUUACAAAAACGAAUCUCUAAAAUGCCGCUGGUCGAAGUGGAAUUCGACUCUGGUGUUGUUACUAAAGCGUGUGCGGCGCAGCUGGUGAGAAGCAUAAUCGAAUUUCUGCUAUACGAUCGAGGACAGAUCCCGCUGCCGUAUGCCUCGUUCCGGGAGCUGGUCAAAUCGCUAACCUUGCCGGUUGAAGAUGAUUUACCCGUUCGGGGAGCAGAUAUUAAGUUGAGAAAAGAAAGAGAGCUAGCCAAACAGACCGUUAGCACCGUGGACAACUUAUUUGAGACCAUCACGAAAUACGUUGAGCACAGUCCGGAUAUACGGGAGGUGCUGAUUCUAUUGGGAAGCACCAUCUACACAGCAAAGGAAGCAUUCCACGUCCGAAUGCCAGACAUCGAUGUGAACCAUCAUGGUAUUAAUCAUGUUCGCGACCUGAAGAAGGACCUUAUGAAGCUGAACAGAGCUCUGAUAACUUCCGAUGAGUUCAACUCCAUUCGUCCUGUGCAGUUGCCCACGAACGUGCAUGUUUUGAUCAAAGCCCUCAACAUCCCGCCCAACGUUGAUGAGGACGUUUUUACUCCAUUGGACGAUUAUGAAGUACCUCAGAAAUGUCCAAUUUUUCAUGUACAACUAAACUCGUCAGCAAAUGCGGCGCCGUUGAAUUGCUGUAACCGGUUGGAAGUGUUCCAAGAUAACUCGUUCUCCGAAAUGGUCUCUGCUCUUUCAGAUCUAGAAACAACGACGAAAACCGCAGAAACACCAGAGUGCUGGUUGCAGUUAAACAUUAUUCCACGAGGAUUCAAUCGGUGCUCCGCGCUAAUAUAACAGCUUAAUCGAAUAAAACAUCGUGA